AUUAGGGAUGGGAUUGAGAAGAUUAAGCAAUGGCAGAUGCAAUUGGAGAUUGUUUUGUGUGCACUGGACAAUCAGAGGGCCCUUGGAGAAGGCCAAAUUCGACGUGCUAAAAAGGCCUUGACCGACUUGGCUAUCGGAAUGCUUGAUGAGAAAGAAUCAAAUACGACUCUAGCGCAUAGAAAUAGAUCUUUUGGGCCCAAUAAUGUGGCGAAGGAGAUUAAAUCCUUAGGCCAUUUUCGAUCGCUCUCUUGGAGUGUUUCGCAUUCUUGGUCUGCCGCUAGGCAGUUGCAAGCAAUUGGGAAUAACUUGGUUGCUCCUCGGGCCAAUGAGAUUUUAGCCACCAAUGGACUAAAUGUGGCCGUUUUUACGAUGAACUAUGUGCUCUUUUUCGUGAUGUGGGCUCUCGUGGCUGCGAUCCCUUGUCAAGACCGUGGCCUUCAGAGCCAUUUUUCGAUGACUAGACAGUUCGUUUGGAGUACUCCAAUCAUCUCACUCCACGAGAGGAUUUUGGAGGAGUCGCGAAAAAGGGACAGGAGAAAUUCUUGUGGACUGUUGAAGGAGAUUCGCUUGAUUGAGAAAUGUGCACAACACAUGAAUGAGUCAACGGAUUCUGUUCAUUUCCCUUUGAACGAGUUGAAGGAGGGAGAGAUAAAGGAGAGAAUUCGGGAAUUAAGGCGAGUGUAUGGAGCUGUAAAGGACGGAUUGGAUCCAUUAGAGCGCCAAGUAAGAGAAGUAUUUUGUAGGAUUGUACGCACAAGGACAGACGGUCUUGAUUCCACUAGACGCCCAAAUAGUCAUGAUUAACACAGUUCGAACUUAGGCCACGAAUAAAGUUGCUUUCUGCAGUUCAUGAUCUCGUAUAUCAAAUUUUUGAGUGAAUUUGUAUUUGAAAUGUGGAAUGAUUUUGGUUCAGGGUUAUGUUUAUCAUACUGCUGGUUAAUAUUACAUGUAGAAACUGCAGUUCUGAACUCAAUGAUGUAUUGUGGAUGGAUUCGAGUC